AUGAAUCGGGUCGUGCCCGCCAUCCCCUUGCCAUACAUCCAGAAACGCGCCCGCCCCCAAAGGCCAGCCGUUGUUGAGGGUCCGGCUCCCGCCGGAACGCCGCUCCCCAGUGUGUCAGGGAGUGGUGAUGCGCAGGCGACCCCGAAAGGCACGCCACUACAGCCUUCUAAUUCGGAGCCUCAGGAGCGAACUGCGCUCGAGGGUGUUGGCAACCUAGAACCCUCGCCCCAACAGCUGCCUGACGGAGAUCCUAGCUCUAAGCAUGCUGCUCCUGGUGAAACUGCACAAUCGGCCGGCGGUAGCACGGAAGCUCGUUCGCCUGCACUAGAUGCCGAGAGCCUCAGAAAUGCAGCCACGGUCUCUGGUACACCUUCCGUCUCUGAAACAACGACCGAUAGCCACGUCAGCGAACCGCCACGAACGAUGGAUCCCAAGAAAGGUUUUGAGCCCGACGGAGAGCAGCUGCUGGAACAAGUUAAGCGCAAUUUCCAAGACACUAGAUUCUCCGAUUGUAUUCUCGAGCUCUACUUCCCCGAUCAGCGCGCCCCCGCUUCGUUGAUGCUAGAUAGCUCACUUGGUGGCCGGCGAAAGGGCUCAUCUGGACCAGGUGUUAGGGUCCGGGCCGAUGACAAAUAUCUCCGCUCAGACGCCUUUAUGGUUGCAGUUCAACGCCUCUAUGGGUUCUCCUUAUUCGAAAUACCUCUCCCUCCACCUGGAACCGAUGAACUCCCUAUGGCCGGAGGGGUCGUUGAGCAAUUCAAGUUCGUUAUCAGCUACGCAGCCGCCGGCCACCUACUUCAGUAUCGCUCGGUUGUAGUUCGCGGAAUGGAAAUGGCAGCUCGUCUCAUCGGAUGGGACACCAUUGAGUUAGCCUUGGCUUUUUCUCUCGGUUCAACCGCUGCGAGAGGUACCAUUGACUUCCAUGAGAAGUGGCACUACGGCGGUGCCACCAACAUUCUCUACGAGGCCAUUGUCGCAUUCGUUGCUAGCCAGUUGACGAGUAAUUUUGAAUUUGAUUUCGCUGCCGAGGAUCCUGAGGGCUAUCAUCGGUUACCCAAGGUCGACACGUCAAAGCCCCGGCCGCAAGCCAAGUCCCCAUCGCCUGCCAUCGCCCGUGGCUCUGUGGUGCAAUUGACGCCAAAACAUCGGUCACGCCUGAGUAAGAUCAAGUUUGGUGACAUAACUCUUGAAGAGAGUAAGAAAGUCCCUGGGGGUGAUAAUCGUGGGAUCCCCCAGCAUACACCCAAUCAGCUCAGGACUCUGUCCAAAAUCCUUCUUAAUCUCCCUUUCGACUCCGUCAAGUCCAUUCUUGAGUCAUCUAGAUUUGGCCUGGAUAUGGAUGAUAUUUCCGUUAGGGAAGAACGCCGCCUCAGGUUAAUCACGGAUGUACUAAGUGAGCGCGAGUCGCGUCGACUGGCCGUUUUAGACGCUGUCAAGGAUGGGCGGAUAGCCAACUCCGAUGCCGUCCGCCGAAUGCUCAGCUCGGUCGAACCCCGGACUACUGACGAGUGCAGCGUGCUAGGGUUCCGGGAGAUUGUGGCCCCGUUAGCAACGGGCAACGAUUAG